AUGAAGCGCAAAAUCGAAGAAACCAAUGAACCGGCCGAAAAGGCAAAGGCUGUGACGGGACAGCCCGACAAGGGAUUUUCCUUCACCGACCUUGCCCUUGAUCCUCGUCUGGUGCAGGCCGUCGCCGAGCAAAAGUUUUCUCAGCCGACGCUGGUGCAGCGCAUGGCCAUUCCCAUCGCUCUCAAAGGCCAAGAUGUUCUGUGCAAGGCCAAGACUGGCUCUGGAAAGACGGCUGCUUACGUGUUGCCUGUUCUUGCGGGCAUCCUGAAACGCAAGACUACUGACCCCGAGCCUGCUACCGCCGCCCUAAUUCUUGUACCGACCCGCGAACUGGCCGACCAGGUCUUCAAGGCGAUUGAACAAUUCUCGGCCUUUUGCUCGAAAGAUGUGCGCGCCGUCAAGCUCACCGAUAAGCUUUCGGACGCCGUCCAGCGAUCUCUGCUCGCUACACUGCCCGAUAUAGUCAUCUCUACCCCCGCGCGGGCAUGGCACAAUGUCAACGGAAACUCCUCCGCCUUGUCUUUGAGCAAACUUUCACAUCUCGUCCUGGACGAAGCGGACCUACUGCUAUCAUACGGCUACGACAGCGACCUGGAGAACCUGUCAUGGUCAAUACCGAAAGGGAUCCAGACCAUCAUGAUGAGCGCUACGCUAACGUCGGAAGUCGAUUCGCUCAAGAAGAUUUUCUAUCGCGACAACGUGCCCGAACUACUCGACCUGGAAGAGCCGGAUAACGAAGGCGAGGGUAUUACACAGCUAGUAACCAAGUGCGGCGAAGACGAAAAGUUCCUGCUGGCUUAUGUCAUUUUCAAGCUCAAGCUCGUCAAGGGCAAGUGCAUCAUAUUCGUCGGCGACAUUGAUCGCUGCUACCGCCUGAAGCUCUUUUUCGAGCAAUUUGGCAUUCGCAGCUGUAUUCUUAACUCGGAGCUACCGGUCAACUCGCGAAUCCAUGUCGUAGAAGAAUUCAACAAGAACGUGUACGAUAUCAUCAUUGCAUCCGACGAAAAGGAGAUUCUAGGCAACGAGAAUAAGGCUGCUGAGGAGGAAGCGGAGGAGGCAGAGGAGGAGGAAGUCGAGGAGACAACGGAAACGAGCGAGAAACGACCCAAGAAGAAGCGCAAGUCCACAAAGCAGGACCUGGAAUACGGCGUGUCGAGAGGCAUCGACUUCAAGAACGUGGCGGCCGUUAUCAACUUUGACUUGCCGACAACGGCUUCGUCGUAUACACACCGCAUCGGCCGAACGGCGCGCGCUGGCAAGGCCGGCAUGGCGCUGUCAUUUGUAGUGCCCAAAGACCAGUACCGCAAGCACAUGCCCACAACGAUAGCGAGCGCGGAAAAGGACGAAAAGAUUCUGGCGCGCAUCACGAAGCAACAAAUUAAGAAGGGCAAGGAAAUCAAGCCAUACAACUUCAACCCCGAACAAGUGGAGGCUUUCCGGUAUCGCAUGAACGACGCGCUGCGAGCCGUCACCAAGGUCGCUGUGCGUGAGGCGCGGACGAGGGAGCUCCGACAAGAGCUGCUCAAGAGCGAAAAGCUUAAGCGGUACUUUGAGGAGAACCCGACCGAAAUGGCCCACCUGCGCCACGAUGGCGAGCUGCGCACGGCGCGCCAACAGGCGCACUUGAAACAUAUUCCGGAGUACCUGCUGCCCAAAGAGGGCAAGGAGGCGCUGACGACGGAAAAGGUUGGGUUUGUGCCGCUGCGCAAGUUUGGGGGCAAGGACCGCAGAAGCAAGAGGGGCAAGUCGGGCAAGCGGAUCGGGUCGCGCAAGGGGGAUCCUCUAAAGACGUUCUCGGCGCGUAGGAGGAAGUGA